AAUACAUAAAACAUAAUAGAUGAAGUUACUGCAACUAUAUGACUAAGUGAAAGCUACAUUCCGUCGCGAAACGAACCAAGAGCCGGCAGUUUUCAAUGAAAUGUACAUGGCUCUUCGAGAUCAAUUACGUCGGAAAAGCACCAACAGAGGCAGCGGGGCAACCACGCGAAUUGCAAGUCGGGGGAGGAUUACAACUCGAACUCGUGGCGGACAACUAACUCAUGAUGUAAAAUAGAUACGGGUAUUAAGUGAGCAAGAUGGCUGACGGCGGUGGCUUUCAUUUUAUGGGUGCGGAGGACGCCUUCGCGGGUCCAUCCGCAGCCCAGCAGAAUCAACCACAGCAACCGGCGUUUGGUGGAUAUGGUGGUGGAUUGCCACCACCUGCAAGUGGUGGCUUCCCGCCACCGCAACAGGCAAGCGCUGUUGCCCAUCAACAACAACAACAGCGGCAACAGAUGCCGAGUGCGUUCCCGCAACAGCAGCAACCUAGUGCAGGAGAGCCGUUCGGAGGUCCGCGAACACAAUUCCCGGCAGGCGGUCCACAGCAGAAUCAGGGGCAAUUCGGCAUGCCUGGAGGACCCGGCGGCGGAGGAACUCCGGCUGCCGGAUACACCGGAGGUGACACUAAUACUUCUGCAGGUGGAGUGCCCGACUUUUUUGGCGGAACUUCGAGUCCCGAUCCAUUUGGGCGUGGAAGUGGCGGCGGAAGCGCGAGUAGUUCUGGACCUGCUGCGGGCGCGCAGACAGCGGGUGCGGGACUUCCCACUCAGAGCAUGGGUCAGUUUGGUGCGGGCGACCAGACUGCUUACAACCAAAGCAACUACGCGCAGCCGUAUAGAAAAUCCUGAUUGUAAUGUACACGAAUCAUUCACAUGAAUUUCUUGAUGGAUGCACUGGGCAUACCCAAUUAUACACAAAUAGUAAUAGUAGAGAUCUCAUACAGCCGUGGUGACGAAAAAUACGCGGAAGUACUGUUAUUGAGUCGACUAGGUACAUAAACCUUUCGAUCGAUCCGGAGGACAUCAACGAGGAGUCAGCCGGUCCACCAGGGAGCCGGCAGAACAACUUCAUAUCUGAUGCAGGAGUAAACACGAGAAUGGGAUUGUUUGUAUAACCUUUGGCUAUAGUAGUUCAUCCUUUUUUUGAUUUUUGGCAGCACCAAAAAAAUUAAGGAAAUCAAUGCGAUGUUUAUUCUCAGAGCAUCUAAGGUGAACAAGUAAAUUGUACAAGCUGCUAGUAAAGCCUCGACGUGAAAAUUUCAUGUCCAGGACACUCAUCCAUCGAGUGUUUUUCCGUCAAUGUAGUUCACUCAUCUAAACAACAAAAGGUCCAGUCAGCACAGAGUGGUGGAAGCUUCAAACAAGUGAAACCCGAGCUUGCGCAUAAGUACGGGGUAGAAAUGAGCGGAAAUCAAUUGAAGGUACCUCGUCUCGUUGGAGUCCGUCGCAAAAAGUCCUCAUUGUCUUACUCAAUAGGUUUGUCCAUCUACAUUUCACAAUCGUCGUUUUAUUCUCAUCCCCCUCGUCAAGGCGUCAUCAUCGAGCGGAGCCCAGUCAACGGGGUCAAUGCGGCAGAUGAGGAGUGAGGCAAUGGCGACACGAGGCAAUAGUGCGGCGUUACGAGCCGCGACUUUGGACUUUGAAAGCCAUGCCUUGCGCCUCGAAAGACCUGGAGAGCGAGACAUAUUCGAUCUUGUAGUACAAGCAGAGACCACGCAGUUGCGCAUGUUAGGGGCUCGCGUAGUUUUCUCGGAAUCGUAGAUGCAUUUACAUAGUUGUAUCACUGUUUAUCCUCCUUUAUGAUCGAAUGAAGGUCUUCAAGGUGUAGUAGUUUCCUCAUGUUCAUAAAAACAAGAGAUCAUUCUUUCUCCAACACAAGACGAGCUUUUUUUUGGCUUCCAAGCAAUGCUGGCUGCGGCAGCCUUUUUUGUGCUGUACAUCGUGUGGGGGUAUUGGUCCGACAGCACUCGCUGCCUAGAGCUAAUGCAGCUUUUUGAGCCCGGUCUCAGCAGAAUAACCUUCGCGUUGGCACAGGUACUGCUUGUGCAUCUCUGCAUUGCAAAAGCAGUAGUUACUAAGUUAUGUGCUAUGAAAGUACUUUCAUCUCUACAACGCAUAGGGGUCGGGAAAAGAUUGUUCCUUCAACAAAAUAAAGUAUUAUACAUAGAAAUAGGCGAUGUUUAUUCUUGAUGGUCGUUCAUACUCAGAUAGCCUCGGUGGGCUCUUUGCUGAGAGUCGUGAAGUGUUACGAACAUCUGCGAGCCUUCGACACAUAUGAGAACAACUUCGCGAUUUUGAGGGAAGAAGGUGCACGUGCGGCUGAACCGAAGAAGGAAAAGGUGUCUGUCGUCCCUACCGCUGCUGGCCUGCGGGCAGCGGGAGCUCCAUUAUGGUGCUUUGAAGCUAUUCGCUUUAUAGUAUCUGCAGUUUUUUAUGAGCGGCAAGGGCAACGAAGUAAUUUCAUACAAGAUUUUUCAAUGAUCGACGAACCCCUGAAGUCAUUCAUUUUACCUAGGCGCAGGUAGCGGGAUGACCGGGGCAGCGGUCGCUGACGGCAGCGGGGAAGAGCGAGGUGGCAUUUUUUCGAGAUAUGAGAACAUUAUGUUCCUGUCAGAAAACCGGCUACCGCUCGUGAAAUUAUGAAAGAUUUCCUUGCAGCAACUAUGUGUACAAUUCUAGCACAAUUACGAGGGGAGGUGUUUGUUUAUAUGUUGGUGGCUCUGAUGAAGGGUGUUUCUUGAGCGCAAGCAUGGUUAGUACGGUAGGCUUAUACCAGAAAUGCUCACGACUGGAGGCAAAGUCCGAGUACGCGACCACUAUGCGUUGCGCGUGAGUAUUUUUUGAUGCUCUAAGAAAACAGGCGGGCGUGUGCGCGGGCCAAGUGAUAACGAAUAUCGCGACUGUGUGCCUGUGCAUGGCAACUGCCUAUGGAGACAUGCGGAUAAAGAAUGGAUAUAAUCAAGACUUUACGAGCUGCAAGGGGACAACCAGCGAUCCGCUGCUCCUUUCCAUGCUCGCGACCGGAACCGACCCAGUUUCUGCCACCUACACGCCAACUAGCGGCUCUCUGGGUCUUGGCAGCGCUUCUCUGGCUUUCGGUGCCGGUUUUAAGACAGAGAUAACGCCGGAUCCAGCGCAGUGGCCCUGCGCUUGUAAGUGUGCAGAAUGCUGCUGGAAAGAAUCCAACGAUUUACAGACCUUCGCCAACGACGGCUUUACUGCGUGGCGCGUGCAGACGAUGGUGAAAGCUCUUUUUGCUCUGCUGGCGUUCGCGCUGUCCGUUCGGGAGCGCGGUGCGAAUUUCUACUACUGUUCGCUACCCGUGCGGUUGCCACGCGGAAUCUGAGCAUGUGGCACGAGCAUGUCUGGUCAAUUGGAGUAGAUUCGUCGUGACGCUCCGAAAUUACAAGCAAGCAUUUGACGCAGCUCUGUUUAGUACAAUAAUGUGGCAUGACUAUGACGAGGUGUCUUCGCGCUCUGUACUUUGACCUCUUCUAUUUUUGCUUUUUCUUUUGCAGAGACUUCCUCUUUCUUCCGACGCAAUCGCCUUGUAUUUGAAAAGAUCACACAAGCAGAUUGGAAAAAUUCCGUAAUCGGUGCACAAUUACUUCAACAUUGGUAAAUACCAUUGGCUUUGGAAAAAUUCUGUCGAAAGAAGACUUGGUAGAAACGAUACUGAGAUCCUCGAAGCAUUUGACAGCUCGCGGAGUAUAUCAUCACGCUUAUUUUGGGAGAAUGUUACUUCACGCAUACCAGGCACAACUGAUUCCUAAUUGUACAGUACUGAAGAAAGAUCGUAGUAUCUGGUAUGAG